AUGAGUUUCCCAGGUGCAGGGCCUCCGCCUGAGGGAGUGGUGCCGAAUCUCGAGCACCCCCAGGAUGUGCUCAAGUCGUGCAAUUACGUCACUCAGGCUCUGACCCUCGUAUUUGUUUCUGCUUUUGUUGCAACUCGAUUCUACGCAAAAUCCAAGGUACUGAUGGUCGGGUAUUGUAUCACAGCUUGUUCCGGAUACGCCGCCACCAUCUUCUACGCCCCCAUGGCUUUGACGGUCAAACUCGCUCUCCUCUCCAUCAUCAUCCGAGUCUUUGGAUCAGUCCAUAAGAAAACAAUGAUCGGCAUCUACGUCUUCAUCGGUAUGCUAGUAGCAUACUACGUGUCGGGCCUUUUCAUCAAGAUAUUCAUCUGCUGGCCGAUCAGCGCAUACUGGAAAGGAGAGACGGACAAAUGUCUAAACCAGAGUGCCAUCAUCACGGCUGAUGCCAUCAUUAGCUUCAUCAGUGACUUGGCCAUUUUGCUGUUGCCUACACCUCUUACUUGGUCUCUGCAUUUGUCGAGACGAAAGAGGCUUCGAGUCAUUGGCAUUCUUUGUGCUGGUGGUGUGGCAACCGCGUUUAGCAUCUACCGUCUGGCAAUGAUCCUUCACGAGGGCAAGUCACCAAACCAGACCAUUGUCUUUACAAAAGUCAUCUUAUCUGGAAAUGCGGAAGCCGGGAUUGGACUUAUUUGCGCAUGCCUCCCCUCCAUCAGUGCUCUCCUAGUUCGGCGUCAAGGUUAUCCGUACUACGGCAACCAAAGCCACUCAACCCAUAACGAGUUUUCACGAGGAGAGAUUAUGAUGACCCGAUCUUUCCACGUCGAGACGGGCAAGAUUGCCAAGGGGCCGCAACCUGAUGUGUACGACCUUGGUCACGAUGAGGCAGGAUUGGUUGCCGCAGGGCAGGCCAAUCCAAAGAGUAAUCUUUCUAGCCGGAGGAGGUCUGGGUCUACAAGUUGA